GGUGCGUGCUCAUACGCCCCAGCACCUCUGCCCACCGAGGUGCGUGCUUAUACGCCCCAGCACCUCUGCCCACCGAGGUGCGUGCUUAUACGCCCCAGCACCUCUGCCCACCGAGGUGCGUGCUUAUACGCCCCAGCACCUCUGCCCACCGAGGUGCGUGCUUAUACGCCCCAGCACCUCUGCCCACCGAGGUGCGUGCUUAUACGCCCCAGCACCUCGUUUCUGA